AUGCCCCCUGUAACAAACAAGAAGAUCAAGAUUCCCGAUCCACGUGGCACCAAAAACAGUAAAAAGUAUGCGCCUCGAGAAACAUUGGGAUUGAAUGAUGUCCAGUAUAAUGUACUCAUGAUCUUCAACAAGUAUCCCAACCUCAAAGAGGAGUAUGAGGGGGGCUGGAUUGCCGAGGUCCUGGUCCAGAACGUUAUAGUCAAUGCACGAGGCAAUUACAGCAGGUUGCUAAAGAAAAUAAAUUCAUCAUCAGAUUCGGGUUCUGCUGAAGUGAAGGAGGAGGAUAUAAUGAAUCCAUCAAGUGCUCAUGCCGAAGAUGACAACAAGAGUUAUGAUGAUGACACUGCUGAAGACCAAGAAGAUCAAGGGCUAGGAUCCCCAGCAAACGUUAACACAUCGGCCAAAGGCCACCUUCACAAGGGAAAGGCUCGUGCAUCUGUUGGAGGACAGCCUCGAAACAUGUAUUUACAUAUGUUUGUGCCGACAAUUUUAUUGAGCGGUCUACUGUCAUCUUGUCCAACCCCGGCCCUGGAACUGCCAUAA